UGGAUCUUAACAUCACAACCCAAUCCAUUCCUCCAAACAACACAACAUAGACGACGGAGACAGAGAGAUCGAGGGGAGCAGCAGCGAUGGCGUCGGCGCAGAUCCUCUGCUUCGCCGUCCUCCUCCUCCUGGCCACGACGGCCGUGUCCGCGCGCCGCCACGCGCCGCCGCAGGCGGGCCCGGCGGGGCAGAGCACGUACAUGGCGCCCAACUGCCGGGAGCACACGGCGUCGCUGACGGACUUCGGCGGGGUGGGCGACGGCAACACGUCCAACACGGCGGCGUUCCGCAAGGCGGUGGAGCACCUGUCGCAGUACUCGGGCGAGGGCGGCGGCGGCGGCAUGCUCUACGUCCCCGCCGGCCGGUGGCUCACCGCGCCCUUCAACCUCACCAGCCACUUCACGCUCUUCCUCCACGCCGACGCCGUCAUCCUCGGGACGCAGGACGUGGCCCAGUGGCCGGUCAUCGACCCGCUGCCCUCCUACGGCCGCGGCCGGGACCACGCCGGCGGCCGGUACGCGAGCCUCGUCUCCGGGAGCAACCUCACGGACGUCGUCAUCACGGGGAACAACGGCACCAUCGACGGGCAGGGCGCCACGUGGUGGUCCAAGUACAAGUCCGGCAAGCUCAAGUACACCCGCGGGUACCUCAUCGAGCUGAUGCACACCGACGGCGUCUUCAUCUCCAACGUCACGCUGCUCAACUCGCCGGCGUGGAACAUCCACCCGGUGUACAGCCGCAACAUCGUGGUGAGCGGGGUGACCAUCCUGGCGCCCGUCAAGUCGCCCAACACGGACGGCAUCAACCCGGACUCGUGCUCCCAGGUGCGCAUCGAGGACUGCUACGUCGUCUCCGGCGACGACUGCGUGGCCGUCAAGAGCGGCUGGGACGAGUACGGCAUCGCCGUCGGCAUGCCCAGCGAGCACAUCUCGGUGCGCCGCCUCACCUGCGUGUCCCCGACCAGCGCGGUGAUCGCGCUCGGCAGCGAGAUGUCGGGCGGCAUACGGGACGUGCGCGCCGAGGACAUCACCGCCAUCGGGACCGAGUCGGCGGUGCGGAUCAAGACGGCCGUCGGCCGCGGCGCGUACGUGCGCGACGUCUACGCGCGCCGGAUGAGGCUCGACGGCAUGAAGCGCGUCUUCUGGAUGACCGGCGACUACAAGUCCCACCCCGACGACGGCUACGACAAGGCCGCCGUGCCCGUCGUGGAGAACAUCAGCUACCAGGACGUGGUGGCCACCGGCGUGUGGAAGGAGGCGGCGAGGAUGCAGGGCAUCCAGGGCGCGCCAUUCAAGGGGAUAUGCAUGGCCAACGUCACCAUGGAGAUGACCAAGGAGAGGAAGGUGUCGUGGAACUGCGCCGAUGUCGAGGGCGUGUCGGCCGGCGUCACACCGGCGCCAUGCACGCCUCUGCAGGGCACCCACGGCGGCGCCUGCCCAUUCCCCACCGACACGCUCGCCGUCGACCAGAUCACGGUGCAGCAGUGCUCCUACUCUGUCAGUAGUACUCCUGCAUCCUCUGCUUCUUCAGCAGCAUCAGGGACAGCCAACUAGCAGCUAGUCUGCCUAGUCAAGCUUAUCAGCUGCUUCUUGAUCAUGUAGUAAUGUAUUGCUGAUGAUGUGGCCAGCCAAAUGUUUGCAAAGUAAGUAAGCAAGCAGUAGAUCAUUGGAGACUACUCUCCAAGGAAAUGAAAUACAACAAGAAUAACAAUCUUCCAGCUCAAACUGUAUCUGUAUGCCAACUUGGUGUUUCAACACCUCUUUGCAAAGUUGUUUGAUGUUCA